GGAAUCAACCGAAAAAAAAAAAAAUAUGUAAGCAGGGAGAAUCUGUGUCACCACCUCCCUGGUUGCAUCUCUCUCUCUAUUUCUCUGCCUCUCGAGCUUCAGCAGCUUGUGAUCGUACUUUCCUGUUCGAUGUGAGCUUCUCCUUUGGAAGCUAUGCUCCAUGGCCUUAGUAGUGACAGGAAAUCGAUCCUCAGCUGGAGGUCCUAGGCAUGAACCUUGAAAUUUUCCGCGAAAAGAUUUCCGUACUUUGGACAUGCUAACUUCGGGGAACUUUUCUGCUUAACAAGAUUGACCUAUUGUAUCUCCAUUUCUUUGAUGAUAUUCCAUGAAAUGGGGUGGAUGUUUUUACAUUUCUCAAGAAAAUCGAUUCGUCGCUGAGUGCUGGGAUGAUCUGAAUGUUUGAGUGUCUUCAUUGAGAGGGGGAAAGAGGUUGUUGAUUGGAGAGGAGAAAGAUGUCUCUUGCUGGUGUAGCACUUAGUCCGGUGCAGGAAGAAUCUUUGAAUUUUCCAGGUAGUGCAAUUAGCAGAUAUGGCCCUCGCUCGGGUGACCCGAUCUUGAUUUACUUAUCUGUUGCUGGGUCUAUGAUGCCCAUGCAUAUCACAGAAUCAGACUCGAUUGCCUCUGUUAAGCUGAGGAUUCAGUCGGUGCAAGGGUUCUUUGUGAAAAGGCAGAAACUGGUUUUUGGAGGAAGAGAACUUGCUCGGAACAAUUCUCGUGUCUGCGACUAUGGGGUGGCUGAUGGUAACAUUUUGCAUCUGGUGCUGAGGCUUUCUGAUCUACAAGGUAUCAUUGUUCGUACUGCCUGCGGAAAGGAGUUUGAGUUCCAGGUGGAGAGGAGCAGAAAUGUGGGUUAUGUGAAGCAGCAGAUUGCAAAGAAAGGGGGAAGACUUCUUGAUCUCAAGGAGCAAGAGUUGGUAUGCGAUGGGGAGGAGCUGGAAGACCAACAACUCAUAUAUGACUUCUGCAGAAACACUGAUGCUGUGAUCCACUUGCUUGUUCGCAAGUCUGCUAAAGUGAGGGCCAAACCUGUUCAGAAACACUUUGAAGUAUUGAUUGAUGCUUCAGAUAUGGAUGAACCAGCAAAUGCUCUCAAUGAUUACCCGCUGGGAACCCUAUUGCCAGGGUAUCCUGGUAUAAAACAGCAGAGAAAAGAUUUUCUGUUGGAAGCUUUAAACGCUGACCGAGAUAUUAAACUCCCAUGUGUCUUAGAAGAAUUGAUUAGGUCCACAGGUCAAGGUUUAGAGAGUGGGAAUGACCCAAUUCGUUCUUCAGAGGGUUCAGGAGGAGCCUACCUAAUGAAGGACUGUUCAGGUCAGAAGUACAUAUCAGUUUUUAAGCCGAUUGAUGAGGAGCCGUUAGCUGUAAAUAAUCCUAGGGGACUGCCGUUAUCAACGACUGGUGAAGGAUUGAAGAAGGGCACACGUGUAGGAGAGGGUGCCCUGAGGGAAGUUGCUGCUUUCAUUUUAGAUCACCCGCGAGGUGGACCCCGUUCUUCCAAUAGUGCAGAGAAGGGAUUUUCUGGGGUUCCACCUACAAUUAUCGUCAAGUGUUUGCACAGAGGGUUCAACUACCCAGAAGGUUAUGAAUACUCGUCCGCAAACAUAAAGAUCGGAUCUCUUCAGAUGUUCGUGAAGAACCACGGAAGUUGCGAGGACAUGGGGCCCUGCACUUUCCCUGUGGAUGAGGUUCACAAGAUCUCUGUGCUGGAUAUAAGGUUGGCAAAUGCAGAUCGGCAUGCAGGGAACAUAUUGAUCAGCAGAGAGGAGGGUGAAGACGGAGACAUUGUGCUUACACCUAUUGAUCAUGGGUACUGUUUGCCCGAGAAUUUUGAAGAUUGCACAUUUGACUGGUUAUAUUGGCCACAAGCUCGUCAUCCCUACUCUCCGGAAACCAUUGACUACAUCAAAUCACUGGAUGCCGAGCAAGACAUUCAGCUUUUGAAAUCGCACGGCUGGGAACUGCCAACUGAAUGCGCUUGCACGCUCCGAAUCUCCACCAUGCUUUUGAAGAAAGGCGCUGAGAAGGGACUCUCUCCUUUCACCAUUGGACGCAUAAUGUGCCGAGUAACUCUGAAGGAGGAAUCUGUGAUCGAACUCAUUGUACGAGAAGCUCAAGAAGCUCUGCUUCCUGGAGCUAGUGAAGCUUCUUUUCUCGAGUCUUUGUCAAUGGUCAUGGACCAAUACCUCAAUGGGCUAUCAGCCACAUAAGGUACAGGAGUAUAUGUUCUGCAGAUUGGUAAAUUUGAUUGUUUUGGGUGAUGUGGUCUUGGUGCUGGGACUAGAUUGCUUUUCUUGUUCUUAAAUAAAGGGGAAGAAUUAUCUUGAUAGAUGAAUAUGUUUCUCACUGUAAUCUUUUCCGGAUAGAAUGAAUGAGAGAGGGUCUUUAACCCGAAAGUGGCCAAAAAGAAACGAAUCUGAAUUAGCCGUAUACAGAUGUGAGGAGUCCCAUGAGGAAUUUGAUUUGAUGUGGACAAGUUGAAGUUCCAUGUCCUUCUUACAUUUCGUCAUAAUUAUGAUUUAUGAGUACAUUUGCUGAAAAAAAAUAUAUGGACCCAAAAUUACAAAAACAACUGUAUCUUAAUGGAAU